AUGUCCAGAUGUAGCCCCCUACCAUGCACCUACCAUGCGGCCCUUAUUAUGCUCAUCUGUGACGUGAAGGCUAUGGAACGGACCAUGCGGGAAAUGAAUUACGACUCAAGACGUUUACCACUGGGCAAGCUGACGCCCUCGCAAAUCAACGCAGGUUACAAUGCGCUGAACACCAUUUCUCAGUGUUUGGACCAACUGGAGAAGCUGAAGCAUCCACCACCACCAUCACAGGAUGAUGCUCCUGGAUCUAAGAAACGACCAAGGAGGUCACCAUCGUCUGCUUCAGAAUGUGCUCGGAUUCGCCGUGACCUGUUAGAAGCCUGUAAUCUCUUCUAUACGCGUGUUCCGCAUGACUUUGGCAUGCGCAUUCCACCCUUGAUUGAUACCCCGGACUCUGUCAAACUCGAAUUGGACCUUAUGAAGUCGUUACAGGACAUAGAGGUAGCUUUCAACAUCAUUCAUGGUGAAACACGAGAUAACUCUCAUCCGGCCGAUCGACACUAUCGAGCCCUAAAGUGUGAUAUCAACCCGCUUUCAACAGGCGACCAAAUGCUUGAAGUGAUUAAAAAUUAUGUUCAAUGGACCCACGCGCCUACACACUCUAGCUAUGACCUUGAGAUUCUCAACGUUUUCGCCUGUAAUAGGCAGGAAGAGGACAAGGAAUUCCGCGACUUUGGACGGCGGUACCUACUCUGGCACGGUAGUCGUCUGACCAAC